GAAAGGGGCCUUCUGGGCAGCCUGGAGGCCUGAGCAGGGAGAGAGCAGCUCAUUCAGAAAAACAAAACAUGGUGGGGAGAGAAACAAGGACGGAGAGGCGGGAAAAAUCUCUUAUAUAAUGCCUUUUACCGCCCCAACCCCCACACUAAAAUACAUUCGUGUUCACAGAUUCGGCCUGGGUGUUUAAACUGAUCAAAACUAACUAUCUUAGUCACGGCAGAAGCCGAAUGAAUUAAUUAUACUGAUAGAAAAUAUACAAAGUAAACGUUACCUUGGUAAGGCAGAAAAUGUUGUUGUUUAGGUGGGCUUUAUGGGAUUUCAGCGAUUCAGCUCACAAGAAGGGUUUCUUUUUAUGACCAAGGUACUUGACCUGAAUUACUUUAUUGCACACACACGGCUAUCGUUACGGUGGUUGCCCAGGGUAAUAUAAAUACAGUGAAAGUUAAGCGUUUCCAUAUACAGGAGCGCAUAUACAGUUCUGCGCCCAUGCUCACUCGAGUGGACUGUGUGUCUCCUUGUGGUGAGAACGAAGACUUACCGAAAUCACCAUUCCCAUAGUGUAGUCUGCACAUUCGCCAUCGUUUAUCAUAUAUUUUUAUAUAGCUACAAUGCAGAUUGAAUGAAUGAUGAAUCUGCUUCUAUUGAUGAUUAGGCCUGUUAUUUUCGUGUAACAUUAUCACCUGGCAUGGAUAGUGCAGAGAAUAAUUUCACCCCACCCAGUUAACUUAAGUUUUAUGUCAUUAUCUAACCCUAACCACAAAUAUUAUUCACUGAGGCCAAACCUGCCGAUUUCUUUUUAAGUAUAGCGAUCAUUUUUCAUUAGUCAACAAAACCACUUUUUUUUUUUUCAAAGGUGAUUUUAAGGUGUACUUCAGGAUAACGUUCUGAUGUAGGGAAAAACAACCUGGACUAUCAAAUGAUUGUCUUAUAUUUUAGGGAAACACGGCAUUCAGAAUUAUGAAUUGAUCUCUUCGAAAUUAUUUGUGAUCCCUUUUGUUAUAAUGGGAACACAUGGUGUUGCGUGAAAGAUGACAAGAUGACAUCACCUGACAUCACGCAUCGAAGACACAAAAACGGGCGGCGGAGCAGGGAGCUGCCAAAUCACACAGGUGCGUGUUUGACCGGCAUACUAAUCGAUCGGCACCGGGAAGUUACCCCAGCACUCAUAAUGUCUUCAGACAAAAACUGGUCUGACGACGAUGGAGCGUCUUCCAAGUUAGUGAGAAAGGCCAAAGAGUCCCCCUUUGUACCAGUAGGCAUGACUGGCUUUGUGGCCAUCGUCGCCUACGGGCUGUUUAAGCUCAAGUCUCGAGGGGACAGAAAACUGUCCCUACAUCUCAUCCACAUGCGAGUGGGAGCUCAGGGCUUUGUGGUGGCUGCCAUGACGAUAGGUGUCAUAUAUUCGAUGUACAAAGAGUACAUGUCACCGGAAAACGCCAACAGUGAUGAAAAAUGAAGGUGCCUCAGCCCAUGGGGCCUGUCCAGCACUUCUGCACAUGUAUGAUCCAUCCCUCACCAAGGACCCACCGCAGUGCGACGUCACUACAUCCGAACAGCCCUCGGUGUCCACCGUCCUGCGCCUCACCUCUGGAGGCCUGCUUUUCCAUUAGCCACUUUAAGCAGGCUUCACAAGCAGGCCUGUUGGUGUUGAGGUUGCAAUUUGCAGUUGGAUUUUAGUACAUUUAGAUGAGGAUCAAAGUGCCAAAAAUGUGCUUAAUAUCAGAAGAAAUGCAUGGAGCUGCUCAAAAGCUGACUGAACGUAAAUUCUCUUUAAAAGUAGGGAGAAAACCAGAAGAGAAAUAUUCAGGGAUACAGAUUUUA